AUGUCCGGCUGGAGACAAUUGAACAUCGGCGUGGUUGGUGGCGGCAUCGGCGGCAUGUCCGUGGCGGUGGCUCUGCGUCGAGCAGGUCACAACGUGACAAUGUAUGAAAAGUCCGAUUUUGCCGGCGAAGUUGGGGCCUCUGUGUCUUGUGCAGCCAACGGGACUCGAUGGCUACAUGAGUGGAGGGUGGAUGUCGCCAAAGGUGACCCAGUCGUCUUGAAGAAGCUCAUCAACCGGGAUUGGAAGACUGGGGAACCCGUCAGUGUGUAUGACUUGGACGAUUAUGAGACGCGCUGGGGACAUGUCUACAAUAUGUUCCACCGACAGUAUAUGCAUGCCAUGCUGAAGGAUUCGGCAAUGGGAGAAGGCGAGGGAAUGCCGGCGAAGCUAGUUGUGAACCACCGCUGCGUGGAUAUUGACAUGAGUACGAAUACCAUCACAUUUGAGAAUGGAGCCACAGCGCAACACGACCUCAUUAUUGGUGCAGACGGCAUUGGAUCCGCCGUACGAGGCAUCCUGGGCAUCAAGCCCGAAAAAAAGCCCUCCGAUUCGAGCUGUUUGCAUGCUAACGUGGAUACCGAUGAAGCCGUCAAGCUGGGUCUCGUCGAUUAUUCGCAAGACAGUGCCUUGGAGUACUGGGGUGGCCAGGAGGGUAAAUGGGACAAGAUCGUGCUGUCACCAUGCAACGGCGGCAAGCUGCUGUCAUAUUACUGCUUCUUCCCUCGCGAGCAGGGUGACUAUACAUCGCAAGCGUGGGGUGCUGAGGGUCGCCCUGUUGAAGAACUGUUGAAGCCUUAUCCCAACCUGGACUCGCAGGUGCUCAAGCAUCUCUCCAUCGCCAAAGAGAUUCAGCCCUGGCGUUUGUGGGUCCAUGAGCCAUAUCCGUACAUCCACAAGGGCAACGUCUGCCUUUUGGGCGAUGCUGGACACCCGAUGAUGCCUCAUCAGAGCCAGGGAGCCUGUAUGGCCAUCGAGGAUGCAGCUGCGCUGGGAAUCCUAUUCAAUAAGAAAUACUUCAAUGGCGACAUCGCCCAGGCCCUGGCAGUGUACGAAGAAGUCCGUCUUCCUCGUGCCACUCGAGUGCAGGCGGCCGCAGCCAAGGCCGCCUAUAACAUCAACGAGCGAAUUGGUUUUUCGGUUAACAAAAAUAUCGCCACAUACAAGGUCGAAGACCCCAAGAAGAUCUUGACGAUCGAAGAGAUGAAUGCAUACGACAUGUACAGAGACAUCGAGGAGAAGUUAGCAGCCAAACGCGGUGAUGAAUUUGCAGGCAAAUUCAUCUGCGGAUUGCCCAUUGGCUUGGAAUUGCCCAGCGGUAUCAUUAUUGGAGCAUCAGCAUGA